UCGCGCAGCGGCGGCGGCGGCGGCGGCGGCGGCAGAGGUCGCGCACAGAUGCGGGUUAGCCCGGCGGGGGGAGGAGGCGGAGGAGGGAAGGGAGCUGCAUGCAUGAGACCCACAGACUCUUGCAAGCUGGAUGCCCUCUGUGGAUGAAAGAUGUAUCAUGGAAUGAACCCGAGCAAUGGAGAUGGAUUUUUAGAGCAGCAGCAGCAGCAGCAGCAGCCUCAGUCCCCCCAGAGACUCUUGGCCGUGAUCCUGUGGUUUCAGCUCGCGCUGUGCUUCGGCCCUGCACAGCUCACGGGUGGAUUUGAUGACCUUCAUGUAUGUGCUGACCCUGGUGUUCCAGAGAAUGGAUUCAGGACCCCCAGCACAGGGGAUUUCUUCGAAAGCUCUGUAACACGAUUUCACUGCCAAGACGGAUUCAGGCUGAAGGGCUCUACAAAGAGAUUGUGUAUGAAACAUCUUAAUGGAACCCUAGGCUGGGUCCCAAGUGAUAGACCCAUCUGUGUGCAAGAAGAUUGCCGUAUCCCUCAAAUUGAAGAUGCUGAGAUUCAUAACAAGACAUACAGACAUGGAGAUAAGUUAAUCAUCACCUGUCAUGAAGGAUUCAAGAUUCGGUACCCUGACCUGUACAACACGGUUUCAUUAUGUCGCGAUGAUGGGUCGUGGGAUAAUCUGCCCAUCUGUCAAGGCUGCCUGAGACCUCUAGCCUCUUCCAAUGGCUACGUGAACAUCUCGGAGUUCCAGACCUCCUUCCCGGUGGGGACUGUGAUUGCCUAUCGCUGCUUCCCUGGAUUUAAACUUGAGGGGUCCGAGUAUCUUGAGUGCUUACACAACCUUAUCUGGUCAUCCAGCCCACCCCGGUGCCUUGCUCUGGAAGCCCAAGUCUGUCCACUACCUCCAAUGGUAAGUCACGGAGAUUUCAUCUGCCACCCGCGGCCUUGUGAGCGGUACAACCACGGAACGGUGGUGGAGUUCUACUGUGAUCCUGGCUACAGCCUCACCAGUGACUACAAGUAUAUCACCUGCCAGUAUGGAGAGUGGUUUCCUUCCUACCAAGUCUACUGCAUCAAAUCAGAGCAAACAUGGCCCAGCACCCACGAGACUCUCCUAACCACAUGGAAGAUCGUGGCAUUCACGGCCACCAGCGUGCUGCUGGUCCUCUUGCUUGUCAUCCUGGCCAGGAUGUUCCAGACUAAGUUCAAGGCCCACUUCCCCACCAGGGGCCCUCCCAGGAGUUCCAGCAGCGACCCCGACUUCGUGGUAGUGGACGGCGUGCCCGUCAUGCUCCCAUCCUAUGACGAGGCUGUGAGUGGCGGCUUGAGUGCCUUAGGCCCUGGAUACCUGACUUCCGUGGGCCAGGGCUGCCCCUUACCCGUGGACGACCAGAGCCCCCCAGCAUACCCCGGCUCCGGGGACACGGACACAGGCCCAGGGGAGUCAGAAACCUGUGACAGCACCUCGGGCUCUUCUGAGCUGCUCCAGAGUCUAUAUUCACCUCCCAUGUGCCAAGGGGGCAGCUGCCCCAGCUCUGACAACCCUGACACAAUUGGUAACACCGCGGGGGAGGUGGCAUCCACCAGCCCAGGCAUCGACAUUGCAGAUGAGAUUCCUCUGAUGGAAGAAGAUCCCUAACCAGGUGAAACUCCUUUGGGGCAAAGAACCUUAAAACCUUGGAGUGAGGCCACUGAAGGACAGAGCUUGAGGAGUUGGAGGAGGUUCUAGUUUUCUAAUUUAUCUACAUGGGCACAGUGAUGUCCAUCAUACAUCGCCAGUGUAACAGUGAGUCUGACAAACUGCAGGUGCACUGCUUUUAAGUGAGACUCCAGGGUUUACCAAGACCAGUGGGGAUGAAGGGCAGAGGGGGUGCCCGGGCACCUCCCUGGAAGAUGGUGUGCGGUGUCUCAUGCCGUGUGAUGGGGGACAGUCCCCCCCCCCGCACAUCCUGCUGACUUUUGUUGUGAGUACUCCUUGCUCUUCCGAAAGCAUGUCACACAUUAUGUAAAAUAGCUUCUAAAAUCUGCUUCAAACUGUCUGGGGACAUCGGAUUCAGAUGGGUCGGUCUCUGCAAAAGGUCCCUGCCGAGCUGUGGGCAAGGAGCAGAACCUACUCCCGCCCUACCUCCCCGCACCCUCUCAGAAAGGACCUGGCUCCCAAGGAAAGGCUCUCAUGUGACAUUCAGACCAUCUUCCUCCAUCUGGAUAACUCCACUCAAGGCAGGAUAUGACAGUUCCAGUAACAGAGGAAAGGAAAGAGGACUCCGUCUGCUUUCUGGAAAUGUGUUCAAAGAGUGGAGCUCACACGUACCCUGUGCUGUCUUCUGGUGACGUAGCAUCAGCAUUUGUGUUCAUGGUAUGCCAUGUGGACCAUGGUGUGUGAUUAAGUCCUAUGACCUUGCACAUGGUGGGGAUGUGUUCGAAUGCAUCUUGUGGAGAUGUUUGGUUUGGACACUGAAGUAAGAAUCCACUUAACAAUUUGUCUGAAUCAGGCAUCCCAUUCUGGAUGACUAUUAUGUUACCCAUACUCCAAAAUUUAACUGCUUUUAUUUUCCAAAUAGAAAUUGUUUCUGUAAACAUAUUCUGCCUCCAAAGAAAGUGUGAAUGUAAGCUGGGCACCAGUGGCUCAUGCCUGUGAUCCUAUGUACUCAAGACACUGAGACCUGAG